AUGCAUCCUUACGUGGAGCUGACUCUAAGUCGGAUCCUGAAAAGCUCCCGCGGCCAUGACUCCAAGUCUUUUUACGCUUCACCGGCAUUCGUCUCACACGCAGAGCAGACCAUCACCGUGACGUCUCCGGAUUGUGGGCCGUCGCCCGCCGCGCUUGGCAAGGAAUACAUCAAUGAGGGAGGCGGCAGGAUGCCCGCACUCUCGUGGACUGCGCCUGAAGAUAUCGACUCAAAGGUCAAGGAGUGGCUCAUUGUUUCCGAGGACCCGGAUGCGCCCCUGCCAACGCCCAUCUGCCAUGGAGUAUACGGUGGGAUUCCGUCAGGUAGGAGGGAAGUGAGUCCGAAAGACUUUGAAAUUGAGGAUGAGACCAAAUCGCUCCUCAAAGGUGGCUUUCACUGGGGGAAAGGGCGAAGAGAGGGCGUAUAUGUGCCACCACGGCCAUUAAUGAACCACGGCCCGCAUCGGUACUUCUUCGAGGUUGUGGCACUGGGUGAACCCCUGGACAGGACGAUGUUGGAGGCAAGGGCAACAAGAGAGCAAGUUGCCGAGGCCGUCAAAGGCAAGGUACUUGGGUGGGGUUUGUGGGUUGGAAGUUGCGAAAGGAGAUGGCCGAUGGCCUCGACGCAGGACUAA